AUGAUGAACUGGAAUAAGAAUACAGAUUGUUGCAAGUGGAAUGGUGUCACUUGUAAUCACUACACGGGUGAUGUUAUAAGCAUCGACUUGAGUUGUGGAAUGCUACAAGGUACCCUCCAUCCUAACACCUCCCUCUUUCGCCUUCCUCAUCUCCAAACACUCAACCUUGCUUACAAUGUUCUUACUGAUUCCCAACUCCCACGUGACUUUUCUAAUAGUCUCACACAUCUCAACAUCUCUCGAUGUGGGUUUACUGGCAACAAUUCUUGGGAAAUCUUACUUCUUCCUAAAUUGGUUUCCCUUGAUCUCUCUUGGAAUUACGGACUACACAUGCAACCUGAUGUUUUGAAGAAUCUGCUGCGAAAUUCAAGUCAUUUGAGCGAGCUCUUGAUGCCUCAGAUUCAUAUAGGUUGGGUUUCACCCACUUUUCUUAAUUUAUCUUCAUCUCUAAAAUCACUUGAUCUUAGCUACACCGAUUUGCAAGGGAAAUUACUUGAUAACAUCUUCAAUCUUCAAUAUUUGGAAAAACUUGAUUUGUCAGCAAAUUUCGACCUCACUGGUCCAUUGCCAAACGUUAACACGAGCCUUAACAUCCCUCUCAAGCGGUUGGAUCUCUCUAACUGCGGUUUGGUAGGGUCCCUCCCCAAAUCCCUAGCUAACCUGAGACACCUUACAAGUCUUGAUUUAUCAUAUAACAAGCUUAAUGGAACAUUGCCUUCGUUCUUGUUUACUCUUCCCUUGCUAGAAGACAUUAUUCUUGGUAAUAACAUGUUUAGUGGAGGCUUACCAUCAACAUUGUUCAACCAUCGUUCAUUAAAGAGAUUAUCCCUUGGGAGGAAUCAAUUUAAUGGCAAGAUUAAUGGAGGCUCUACUCAACCAUCAUUUAUCCAACUUGUCAACCUCACUUAUCUAAGCCUUUCAUUCAAUAACUUCACAGGUUUAUGGGAUCUGGAUACAUUGUUGUCAAGCCUACCAAAUCUUCAAGGACUUCUUCUCAGUAACACUGGCUUAUCUGUUAUCACCAACAACGGUUCUUCUAGCUAUGUCAACCCUAAUUUUCGUAGACUAGGUCUGGCAUUUUGCAAGCUAACUUUAUUCCCAGAGUCUUUACGAGCCAUGAAAAAACUUACUUAUUUAGAUCUAUCAAAUAACGAAAUACAUGGUCGCAUUCCUGAUUGGGCAAGGGAGAUAGGAGCAAAUGAAUUGUACUACUUGGAUCUCUCAUUUAACUCCAUAACAGGCUUACCAAAAUUUCAAUGGGAUGGAAUGGAAUAUCUUAAUCUGCAGUCCAACCAGAUUCAAGGGUCGUUCCCUCCUUCAGUUUGCAACAUGAGCCGUCUUUUAUUAUUGGAUAUAUCCAAUAAUAGCUUUAGUGGAGUGAUUCCACAAUGCUUGGGAAAUAUCAACUCCUCUCUACUGUUUUUGCAUCUGCAGUCCAACCAGAUUCAAGGACAGUUCCCUACAUCAAUUUGCAAUAUGAGAAAUCUAGAUUCUCUAGAUAUAUCCAAUAAUAGCAUUACUGGAGUGAUUCCACAAUGCUUGCGAAAUAUCGUCUCAUCUCUUUGGAUGAUAGAUAUGGGGCACAAUAGUUUCCAUGGCAUCAUUCCAGAUGUGUAUGAGGAGUGUGGAGAAUUACAGGGGCUUAUAUUGAAUGGAAAUCAAUUACAAGGAGAGGUCCCAAGUUCCUUGUCCAACUGUCAAUCCUUGAUGGUAUUAGAUGUUGGAAACAACAAAUUAAAUGGCACAUUCCCUCAUUGGUUAGGCGAUCUUCCAGAGCUGCAGGCUCUUGUCCUUAAAUCAAACAAGUUUCAUGGUCCCAUUGAAACCCCUGAUACUUAUAAAAGCGCAUUUCCAGGUAUGCGGGUUCUCGACUUAUCUCAUAAUGAGUUUGAAGGCCAUCUCCCACGAACAUAUUUGCAAAAUUUCAAUGCCAUGAAGAACGUGGUAAAGAAUAGCACAACACCAAUAUAUUUGUCCAUUGGAAAGUUUUACACGGUCACUACUGCUGUGAAAGGCAGGGACCUAGAGUUUCCAAAAAUUUCGGUUGACUAUGUAAUUCUUGUUCUAUCAAACAACCGAUUUGAAGGGGAGAUUCCGGGCAUCAUUGGUUGUCUUGUUUCGCUCAAAGUGCUUGAUCUAUCCCACAACAGCCUCACAGGGAAAAUCCCAUCUGUUUUAGGGAAUCUCUCGGAGAUUGAAUCCUUAGACCUCUCUUGGAACCAACUCACAGGAGAGAUACCUCAAAGCCUUGCACACUUAACAUUUCUUGGAUUCUUGAAUCUCUCCCAAAACCAUCUUGUGGGGAGUAUUCCAUCAGGAACACAACUUGGUACUUUUGAGGCUUCAUUUGGAGGGAACCCAAAACUUUGUGGUCUUCCGUUACCCACAAAGUGUGAGCAUCGACAGGAGACACAACUUGAAAUUGAUGGAGAUGGAGAUGGGGAGAGCGGAUUUACAUGGAGAGUGGUGAUGAUGGGGUAUGGGUGUGGGACCAUACUUGGAUUAGUCAUGGGUCAUGUCAUGUUGUCUACCGGACGACCAAAAUGGUUCAACGCAAUUGUUGAUGCAGCAGAGCACAUAAUCCACACAAGGAAAAACACGAGAAGAUUUGUAUAUAUUGGAAAAUGA